AAGAAUGUUGCUGCAAAAGUUCUGUCGGCGCACGUUGCACACCACGCGGCAAUUGUGCAACAGCCUCGAGAAGAGCGCUUUGUCCACGCUCCGCAAAAAGACCGGCUACACUUUUGCCAACUGUAAAAAGGCGCUUGAAUUGCAUAACAACGAUGUCAAUCAGGCAGAGAAAUGGCUGCAUGAACAGGCGCAAUCGUUGGGCUGGUCAAAGGCCACCAAGCUCUCGGAUCGUGUCACAACACAGGGCCUCGUCGGCGUGCUCGUGAGCGGCAAUCGUGGCGCUAUGGUGGAACUUAAUUGUGAAACGGAUUUUGUGGCACGCAAUGAGACAUUCAAGCGGUUUGUGGAUCAUGUCUCACGCAUUGUGCUCCACUACACAGACCUAACGGAGUUCGACGGCGAUUUGUGGAAGCUUGGUUUCGAAUCGGAGGCUCUUAGAAAUCUGGAGACGCCACAGGGCGGCUCAUUGGCCGAUCAUCUGGCGCUGUUGAUUGGCGCCGUUGGUGAAAAUGCGAGCAUUCGCCGUGCGCUCUGCUUCAAGGUGAACAAUGAUCUGCGCCUCGCUGGCUAUGCACAUCCUGCGCCGACAAAUGUCGGCACCACACAGGACAUAACCCAGGUGGGCAAAUACGGAGCAAUUGUCGCCUAUCGCUCCCAGCUGGAUGUCGACGAUCCCGAAUUGCAAAAGGGCAUUUGCCAGCAAAUUGUGGGCAUGAAACCGCUUAAGGUGGGUGAAUACGAUAAGGAUACGCCGGCGGAGAAUAAGGACGAUGAGACGUGUCUCAUCCAUCAGGAGUAUCUGCUGGAUGCGGACAAGACGGUGGGCGAGGUGCUCAAGGAGCACCGGGUCAACAUCAUCGACUAUCACCGCUUCGAGUGCGGCGAACAAACGCAACAACAUCUCAAAGAAAUUCUGCAAGCCCAGCAACAGAACAGCAAUUAAAAAUAAAAAUACAACUAUUAUUAAAAUAAUAGCAAAAUAAUAUUAAUAUUAAUAGCCUGACCUUCUCUAUUGACGCUACCAAAUCUGUUGUAUAAACAAAAAGAAAUUCGAUAGAUUAAAAAAAAAUGUGAACAAAAAAUAA